GCGUUAUUCAGCGUACGCAGGAGGCGAAAGCGUGUCUUGCCAAACACAUUAAAAUCUAUUGAAGGUUGAAGAGUAAUUGUAAACGAGGAAAGUGGAGAGUUGUUUGAGUAGUUUAACUCCGACUAGUGAUCGUAGGAAGCGAGCGGAUAGAGCACCAUGAGACUUUUAUUAGAAGAUUCUGGACAAUUGACGCAUCUUCCUAACGUGCGGGAACUAAACUAAAAUAAUCAUUUUCUCUUUCAUAGCCAGAAACAGUUUUAAUGAUUUUGUCUGACACUCGGUUCUCCAGCUUAACAGAGAUUCACCGACUAGCCGCAACACUGGAGUCUCACGGGGACCAGUCACGUUUCGGCCCCAUCAGCAUGACCACCACCCGAUGUGACGGUUCCGGCGAUAUCCAUGUCAAACGCCCCAUGAAUGCCUUCAUGGUAUGGUCUCGUGCCCAACGUCGAAAGAUCGCCAUGGAUAACCCCAAAAUGCACAACUCAGAAAUCAGCAAGAGACUUGGCUCCGAAUGGAAGCAUCUAUCGGACUCGGAGAAGCGACCCUUCAUCGAAGAAGCCAAGAGGCUGCGGGCAUUACACAUGAAGGAACACCCGGAUUACAAGUACAAACCCCGCCGGAAACCCAAGAACUUACUAAAAAAGGACAGAUUUCCAUUUCCAAUGUCGUACAUUCCCGCAACUUUGGACUAUCUGGGAAUAGGUUUUUCAAGGGGUCUCUUCCCACCUCCGCCACUGCCAGGAUUAUUUCCCUUUCCUUCGGGAGCCAUGGAGACUCCGACCGCGAUUUCUCUUUCAGCUCCAGCAUCCGCAAUAGGACGUUUUUCUUCCUCAACGGAGAAUGCAGACAAGUCUACCUCGAGCACAGAACUCAUUUCUAGUCACUCUCUGAAAUCUGCGACUCCUAGCAGUUCUAAGAGCUACCCCGUCACAACCUAUGGCUCUGGAUCACUUUACUCGGGCUUGUCCAUGCCGGCCUACUUCCUACCUUGUGGGUGUGGGUCUCCUGGCUACGGAUACCCACCCAGCCACGGCGCUGGAGAGGCAAAUCGCCACACGUGCGGAGCAUUGAGCUCUUUUGUAUUGAAUCCUUUCAUGAAGAGUUCAGACGGAGCAGACUACCAUGCUGCUGCCGGAACACCUUCUGGUCUUCGGAACUUCCCUAUAGCUUCCACCGGCUCGUCCAGCAGCGGCUUGUCGGGAACCCAUCUCUUGGGGCCCUAUUCACCAUGUCUCGUACACUCUAAGCCGUCGGACGUUUAGGACGUAAGUAGAGAUUUUAUCAUUUGGACGUGAGCUCUAACUGCAGACCGCGCUCUAAUAGCCGACCGCUAGACGAUGGCAAUGGACUGUGUGUGUGUACACAUAUAAUAAACGGAUACUUUGUUACUGCUUUAGCCUUAUCAGCAAUGAUCUUAAAGACCAACUCGGUUCCUGUGAAGUCAAGGUUAAUAGCUUCUGUGUUAAACGUAAUCGUGUUAUGUGAGCUAUGUGCGUAGCCUAGCUGAGCUAUGUGCGUAGCCUAGCUAAAACUGAAUACGAGUCAGAUAUUUAUAAUUGUUAUAAACGUGUUUUAUUAAAUCACUCGAUUUUAUUCAUAUUUUGAAUUUGUACUUCGAUUUAAGAUAUGUAACUUAACAUAUGAGUUCAAGGUAUUCGUUCUGUUAAAAACUGCAUUCAUUUCUGAAGGUAAUAUUUACAAGAAAAGUCUGGAACCAUAGGCACUUCAACUUAUUUAACCGAAUGUGUUCCAUAAGUUGUCCUUCUAGUUCGAAACAAGUUUGGAUUAACAGCAGAAUUAACUCGACCUUCUCGUGCUUUGACAGCGCCAUAAUCAGCCACGUAUCUCAAAUUAAGAAAAGCUGCAAAUCAUCUAUGGUUCCAGAACUUUUCGGACACCUGUAUUAUUUUCUUUACUAAAUUCUAUUUCAUAUUUUAAGUAUUUUUUUAAUGGCCAAAGAUUACUGUAUCGUAAAUAUAAUGUAUAUAUAUAUAUAUAUCUGUGUGUGUGUGUGUGUGUUUGAUUCUGAAGCACUGCUUAACAUCUUAUUAACUAAAGCUUGUAUUAAGGCGAUACUGGCGAACACGCCUAAUCUUUAUAAAGGUACUCGAAUUAAAGCAUCUGUUUAUCCAAUCAUCAACAGAGCUUUAUCUCGUGAGUGUGGA